UCUUUCUCCUUUUGGCGGACGUCUUCUGGUCUAGUUAAACCGAACGUCAGCCGGCAAGCAGUCAGCCGGUAGUUCUCAUCGGAUCUCGACAUGUGAUCGUCCCUCUGCCGGAAUUCUCCAAAUGUCUCGAAAAUCUCGCCCGCUCGUUCGAGUUGGAGAUCCUAAGGAAGAUUCUGGGAGAUCAUCCGUUUUCUUGGAGCGGAUCUCCCGCGCUCGGCCGACCGAUUGACCCAAGAUCGAUCCUGAGGAUCGAGAGGAAGAACAAUCAGUGAUCAACCACCAUGGAGCAAUGAUCGACAGUCGCAAUGAGCGCGAAAGAGGAGCGUCAUCGCUAUAGAACCCGCCGACCGACGUUACGUCGAGACAUCUCGCAAAUUGAAGUCACCGACGAAUUAGCAUCCUCGUGAGAGAUAUAAAUUGGAGAGAACGGAUACAUCGACGUUAAUCGGAUGAUCGAGAAUCGACACGACGAUCAUCGGCGUCGAGAGUGAGAGCUCCACGUUUGACCACGUGGGUUGCCGCUGAUCGAUAAGGAUCCGACCCAAGAGCGAAGAAGAGGUCUGUCGGUGAUAUUUCAUUCAAUUGAGAGAAUUUCUCAGAGCGCAUAAAUCGCUCUCUUUCUCUUUCUCUUUCUUUCUUUUCGACAGAAUUUAUUUUGCAAUGCACGCGAGAAGAUGCAAAAUCAACUCAGUUGAAAAUUUUCACCCCGAAAAAGGCGAAAGAUGAUUCCAAACGGAAAAAAUUUUUAGAAAAACUUGAUACACUUUACGACCGCGCGAUAACUAACUUGCCAAUUUGUACUUUCUUGUGAUAAGACAGACCACGCUCUCGAAUUCUUUAAACUCUCGACGACAGACGGUGGAGUAUAUCACGGAAUAUUGAACUUUGAAUUGUAAGAUAUUAUCCGACAAUAUUAUUUGAUGUGCUAAUUGAAGCAAUUAGUCAGCAAGAGACAAAGCAAAGAAGAGAUAGAGGGAAGAUUAAAGAAAGAGAAGAGAGAGAGCGAGAAUCGCGAAAAAAUUGUUGGCCGAUCUUCUCUCUCGCAACAAAAAGCACGAAAAUGGAGAACGGACACGAUGACAUCGAUAACAAUCUUUGGGUGUUCGGAUAUGGAUCGCUCUGCUGGCAUCCUGGUUUUUCGUACCUCAGAAGUAUGACUGGAUACGUGAAGGGCUUCGAUAGGCGGUUCUGGCAAGGUAACACCACGCAUCGUGGGACGAUCGAAAAGCCUGGACGAGUUGCCACAUUGAUCGAGGAUAAAGAGGGAAUAGUUUACGGGCGAGCCUUCCAAGUUCAGGAUAGCGCGGCAUUGUCCUAUCUGGAGAAUCGCGAAUGCUCUCUUGGAGGAUACCUGACGACCAUCGCGACGUUUCACAGUCGGGACGAGGGCAAACAGUUCUCUGUGAUAAUUUAUAUCGCCACUAACAAGAACGAGCAAUGGCUCGGUGAGGCGUCGUUGCAGACCAUAGCCCGUCAAAUCACCGAGUGUUCCGGUCCGAGCGGGCACAACGUCGAGUAUCUCCUACGGUUGGCUGACUUCAUGCACCGUUACUUGCCGGAGGCGCACGACGAGCACCUUUUCACGCUGGAGAUGCUGGUGCGCUCGCGAAUAAAGGAAGAGAACAUGUGCCUGGCGACGUUGAUGGGUAAUCGCGACUUCGUCAUCGACCUCGACGAGGACGCGGAAUUGGCAGGUCGCGCGGAAGCUAACGAACGGCCACCCCGCGAGAACUCCUUCCAGUUCAGCGCGCGGAUACCAUCCAAGAGCUUGCGUUGCGUGAAAAUGUAGUCGAUCGAGUUCGCACAUAGUCGCGCAAAUUUUCGAUCGGAGAUAUGUGCGUGCAGUUAUGGCGAAUGGAAGCAAAGCGGCAGCUUUUCUUACGUGACGUUCAAGUACAAAUGACUGUUUCGAUAAAGGCGUAAACUAGUAGCAGGAUUACGUUCCCAUAAGGAAUGCGAGUUAAAAAUCCUGGGCAAAUCAAACCUGUAAAAAAAAGCUCUCGAAAGCUUUGCUACAUAUAUGAUUUUUCGUUGGCGAUACGCGAGAACACGAAUACGCUUUUUUAUCGCGGCCGAUAUAUAUCGGCUCUGGUCUAAAUUUAAAAAGCAGCUGCACAUUCCAUUGGGAAUAUAGUUUCGCUGCCGGUAUACGUCUUCCUCUUAGAGGCUAUUCUAUCAUACGUGUUUAUGAGACGGCUGUGUUAAUUUUGUAUCGCGCAACGUGCUGGACACGUGCACGCUUAGAGAUCGCGAACUUCGCCACUUCCUAUUUUAUAACGCCGAUUUACUCUCAGCUACGUAUUAUUUUUUUAAAUGUAAAACAUUUCUCAUUUUUAUUUUGACAGAGAGCGAGAAUGAUAAUGCGUGCGUGGACAAAAUAAAAUCGAAAUUUUCCAAAGUCUGAGAUAUAUACAAAGAUAGAGUUUUUGUAAAAUGUUUAUUAGUGAAGCAUGUUUUUUAUAUUGAGGACUAUACGUA